AUGAUUGAUGCAACAUCUUCACCCGGCGUUGACGCGGUGGUGAAUUACUACGUGCCCAACAGCGAUGGGUCUCCGCCAGCCACCAACGACAUGGCCAUCAUGCUGGGCCAGAAGGACAUGAUCUCCCACAAAAUGCGGAUCCGUGAUCUGCGACCCUACAAGGAGCAAUAUUCGCUGGAUCGUAACGGGUUUCAGUACGCAACGCUCCACUCCACGCUCAAGGAUGCCACCGACGAAGGCCAGAUCAAAAAGGUCUACUAUGGAGAAAUUGAGAAACUGGUCAAAGAUGUAACAGGUGCCAAGCGUGUGCUCGCCUUCCACCAUGCGAUUCGCACCAGGACGGGCAAUGAGUACGGCGAGCAGAUCAAAGACCGCUACCAGGGCGUCGAGGGGCCCGCGUAUCGGGUGCACAUUGACCAAACCCCACAAGGCGCUCUCAGUAUCGUGCAGUUUAUGUUUCCCGAUCUCGCUGAAGAGGUUCGCAACGGCAGUUUCCAGGUGAUCAACGUCUGGCGCCCGCUGACUCGGGUGAAGCGAGACCCCCUGAUGGUGGCUGAUACGACCGAGAUGCCGCCCGAGGACCUGCUCCUGAUCAACCGGAAGUAUUACAACGGGCUGCAUUCGUCCAACUUUGUCAUUAAAUAUGAUGGCCGACCGGCGACCGGGGAAGGCCCAACGGAUGGGUUGAGCAGUGGUGGGAAGCAUAGCUGGUGGUAUAUCGGGGAUCAGGAGCCAACCGAAGCCUUGAUUUUUUCCUCUUCAGGCUUCCGAAAUGGAAAAGCAAUCAUCGGCACGGCGCAUGGUGCGUUCUGUUUACCCGAUCAGGAUCAGUACCCAGCUCGUCAGAGCAUCGAGUGUCGGUGUGUUGCUAUCUAUUGA